AUGCGAGUUCAUGUGACCCACAUUCAGACUGACGACAUCAGCAUUUCAAAAGAUCUCCAGAAGUUCUGGGAUCUGGAACACCUCGGCAUAAAGCAAAUAAAUGAGCUAUCAUCUCUAGACAUAUUGUCGGAUAACCCGGUCUUGCAGCGCUUUCGUGAGACUACAUGCUUGACUGACAAACGAUAUGUUGUGCGCCUGCCUUGGAAGGGAGAGCUUACAAACCUGGGCAGCAACAGAGAUCUGGCUCGACGUCGUCUGGAUGCACUUACCCGCACUCUUCGCAGCGACCCAGACCUGCUGGAAGAAUACGACCGGACUAUUCGCCAAUAUCUUAAAGACAAUCACGCCGAAAGAGUUCCCAUUGAAUAUGAAUGUUCAAACUCCUGCCGAGUUUAUUACAGGCCUCGCCAUGCAGUAAUUAGGAGAGACCGUGAAACAACGAAAGUUCGUAUCGUCUUCGAUUUCAGUUCUAAAGCUCCUGGGUUAGAAUCUCUGAAUGACCUUUCGGACCCUGGACCCAACCUCAAUCCUGAUAUUUACAGCACUCCACCCUCUACACAAGGAGAGCUACCACCUGUGGAAGCAUGGCUCGUGACUCGUGUGCCCUUCGAAAGUUCGAGCCCUUUCUUGCUGUGUGCCACUAUUUAUCAUCAUCUACAGCUGCAGGAGUCUGCCUUCCCGUCGACGAUAGAAAGACUGAAAGAGCGAUUUUAUGUGGACGACCUUCUCACCGGUGCAUGUGAUCUUUACGAGGCCACUCGCGUGUUUGAAGAGACACUUCAAAUCUUCGAUGCUGCCAGCAUGCCUGUCCGCAAGGCCCUCUUCAAGGCCCGCAGGCCCUCUUCAGCAAAUCUUCGUGGAAGGAGGUGUCACCAGAACAGCGACUACCGUCAAAGUGCUAGGCGUCACUUGGAACACCAUUGA